GGUGGUGGUGAAGGAGGAGGAGGAGGAGAAGGAGAAGGAGGAGGCGGUGGUGGUGCUGCUGGCUGUCGCCGACGCCGACCGAGGAGAGGAGACGAGACGAGACGAGACGAGACGAGACACCGAGUGGCCGACGGCGCCGUCGCCGCCGCCGCCCCGGGAGGAGAGGCAGUUAAGUCUAGUAGAAUAUCGGACUGGGAAUACUAGACUGCUCCACUGCCAUUCACUCCAUUUAUCUGUAUCCCUUUCUGAACUAGUAACUGAGAAAUGAUGUGGAAAGAGCCUGGACUGAAAGCUGUGGUUACUAGUAUGGAUCCUUCAAUGACAUAACCCUUCAUGGCAACUGACCAGAAAAACAGAAUCAACUUCAAGUGGCAGGCUGAAGAAGUGUGUGUGUCUGUGUUUGUGUGCGCGAUAAAUAUCUUAAAUUAUAAUCUAAACCAAUAAUUAAAAAGCAGAGAUGAAGAAAAACCAAACAGUAACUUUCCUUUUUACUGGACUACAAUUGUGGCAUUUGGAGCACCCUUUCUGAAUUUGAGCUGAAAGAAAUUCAUCGGACAAGCUAUGAGACAUCAUCAGGGCAACAGUGGAAAAAAAGAAAUCUGAUUUUUGUGUAUGUGCACUUUUGUUUUAAGUAAUCAUUUUCCUCUCUUGAAUUCUAGAAGACUUGCAGAUGAGUGGGAGAUUACUUAUGUGCUUAAUUCUGGGACUUGUUUUUAUACCACAAUGGGAAAAACAUGUGAUCUUUGUAGCAGAAUAGGGGGAAAAGCUGGGGGAGUUUAAAGUUGGGGUAGAAGUGGGGGAAGACUCAAAACUGAAGUGUAGCCCUGUUUUUAAAAGAGAAAGUGAAGACUUAUGAUUUACUGAAGGCAAAUGCUUUUUACUACAUUAAAAGCUUUAAAGCAUUUCUGAUUCUGCUAAAUGAAAGAGGGAUUUUCUUUUUUUGUGCCUCUAUGGCAGCAAGAAGUGAGAAAGCAGGCGGAAAAAACGUGAUAAACAGUUCAGGGUAUGUUAAAUUCCAGGUGGAAGCAAAGACCUGCCAUGAAUGCGGGACUGGCUUUGAAUUACAAAAGCCAUAGAAUCCAGUGGGUUUCUUGGUUGUGAAGGGAGAAGGAAAUACCCUUUCCCAAAUUUGGACUGGUGUGCACCUAUCUGCACAAGCUCUGGUCUGUUUUGCACGGUUUGUGUGCCUUUUUUUCCCUUUAUGCAAUCUUUUUCAGCUUUAGCAGCAGAAAUUUGUCUAGUUCCGAAAAUAUGCUUAGAGGGUGGCUCAGAAACAGUGAUUAUAUAUAUUCAAUUUCUGCAUUUGAACUCCUGAAGAGAAAAUCCAACUAGAGGAAUUCUUAAAGCCUUAAGUUACUUGAAAUCUACACAUUUGCAACCCUUUGUCUCUGGAAUUGUAUUAACCUAAACUGGAAUCUCAGGCUGUAUAAAGAUAAACAAGUUGAGCAAAAAGAAGACGCACCUGUUUCUUGAUCACCACUUCUUAAUCAUGCUGUUUCUCCAAAGGAUAUGUGAACCCUCACUCUAAGGACUCGAAAAUAAAAAUGAACCUGAAGUUUUUUUUAAGUGUUACUUUUUCUUAGCUGACUGCCAUCAUCUUUUAUAGAGGAAUUUUUCACUAUGCAUUUGGUGGAUAUUUAUAAAACACUGACCCUAUGAUGUGUCCCAGGUCAGUAUUUAUGUUUUAAAGGAGAAAAAAGCAAAUCAAACCAACAAAAAAGAAAUUGGUUUAAAUUUUUUCUGCACUAAACAUUAAUUUUUUUGUAAAAAUAUUAAUAAAAAAGCAUGUAUGCAGCAGUGGAACAUGGGCCUGUCCUUUGCAGCGAUUCAAAUAUUCUAUGCCUCUCCUGGAAAGGUAGAGUUCCUAAGAGUGAGAAGGAAAAGCCAGUGUGCAGGAGGCGGUAUUAUGAGGAAGGAUGGCUGGCUACAGGCAAUGGUCGAGGAGUUGUAGGGGUGACAUUCACUUCAAGCCACUGUAGGAGGGAUAGAAACACUCCUCAGAGAAUAAACUUCAACUUAAGAGGCCAUAACAGUGAGGUUGUAUUGGUAAGGUGGAAUGAACCAUUCCAGAAAUUGGCUACCUGUGAUUCAGAUGGAGGAAUAUUUGUAUGGAUUCAGUAUGAAGGCAGGUGGUCUGUAGAACUGGUGAAUGAUCGAGGAGCACAGGUCAGUGAUUUCACAUGGAGUCAUGAUGGGACUCAAGCUCUUAUCUCAUAUCGAGAUGGAUUUGUGUUGGUUGGUUCUGUCAGUGGACAAAGACAUUGGUCAUCAGAGAUUAAUUUGGAAAGUCAGAUUACAUGUGGCAUAUGGACUCCAGAUGACCAACAGGUACUAUUUGGCACUGCUGAUGGGCAAGUAAUUGUUAUGGACUGCCAUGGCAGGAUGUUGGCCCAUGUUCUACUUCAUGAGUCAGAUGGAAUCCUGAGCAUGUCCUGGAACUAUCCCAGUUUCCUGGUAGAAGAUAGCAGUGAAAGUGACACAGAUUCUGAUGACUAUUCCCCACCUCAAGAUGGUCCAGCAGCAUAUCCCAUACCGGUGCAGAAUAUCAAACCACUGCUUACUGUCAGUUUCACAUCGGGAGACAUUAGCUUAAUGAGCAACUAUGAUGAUUUGUCUCCUACUGUCAUCCGCUCGGGGUUGAAAGAAGUGGUUGUCCAGUGGUGCACACAGGGAGAUUUGCUUGCAGUAGCUGGUAUGGAAAAACAGAACCAACUAAUUGAAAUUGCCAAUGGAACCUUUCUGAAGAGUGCUCUGGUCAAAUUUUAUAACGUUCGUGGAGAACACAUCUUCACUCUGGAUACGCCUGUGCAACGUCCCAUAAUCUCAAUUUGUUGGGGCCACCGAGAUUCACGACUACUUAUGGCUUCUGGACCUGCCUUGUAUGUGGUUCGUGUAGAACACCGGGUCUCUAGUCUUCAACUCCUGUGCCAGCAAGCUAUUUCCAGCUCCAUUAGGGAUGACAAGGAUAUCAGCAAGUUAACCCUGCCACCAAGGUUGUGCUCAUACCUCACUACUGCCUUCAUUCCAACAAUUAAGCCCCCUAUUCCAGACCCCAACAAUAUGAGAGACUUUGUCAGCUACCCAACUGCCGGUAAUGAAAGACUCCAUUGUACCAUGAAGCGGACAGAAGAUGAUCCAGAAGUAGGGGGGCCUUGUUAUACUCUCUACUUGGAAUAUCUUGGUGGAUUAGUACCCAUUCUGAAAGGGCGUCGUAUAAGCAAGCUUCGACCAGAAUUUGUCAUCAUGGAUCCAAAAACAGAUGGCAAAACAGAUGAAAUCUAUGGAAACAGUUUGCUUUCUACCAUGAUUGACAGCUGCAACUGUUCAGACUCCAGUGAUAUUGAGCUGAGUGAUGAUUGGGCUGCCAAGAAAUCUCCCAAAAUCUCUAGGGCUAGCAAAUCACCUAAACUUCCCAGAAUCAACAUUGAAGCCCGAAAAUCUCCAAAGUUAACUCGAGCUGCUCAAGAAAUAUCCAGGUCCCCACGGUUACCGAUUAGGAAACCAUCAAUUGGCUCACCAAGCCUAACUCGGAGAGAGUUUCCACUAGAAGAUAUCACUCAGCACAACUAUCUUGCUCAGGUUACAUCUAAUAUCUGGGGAACCAAAUUUAAGAUUGUAGGUUUGGCUACUUUCCUGCCAACUAACCUUGGUGCAGUAAUCUAUAAAACCAGCCUACUGCAUCUUCAACCUAGACAGAUGACCAUAUAUCUCCCAGAAGUACGCAAGAUUUCCAUGGAUUAUAUUAAUUUACCUGUCUUCAACCCUAAUGUUUUCAGUGAAGAUGAAGAUGAUUUGCCAGUUACUGGAGCAUCUGGAGUACCUGAAAACAAUCCCCCUUGCACCGUGAACAUUCCCAUUGCUCCUAUUCACAGCUCAGCACAAGCUAUGUCCCCCACACAGAGCAUAGGGUUGGUGCAGUCCCUCCUUGCAAACCAAAAUGUGCAGUUGGAUGUCCUAACCAAUCAAACAACAUCUGUGGGAGCAGCCGACCAUGCAAGCGAUAGCACUAUCCAAUACCCAGUCCCCAACAGGUAUUCUAGUCCGGGACAGGUGAUUUUUGGAGGAGUAGAAAUGGGACGGAUGAUUCAGGCACCUCCUCAGCUUUCCCUGCCACCACAGGGGGCAAUCCAGCUGUCUAUGGGUGAUCAUGGAGACAGAGAACACGAGCACCUCCAGAAGGCAACAAAGGCCCUAAGGCCAGUACAGCAGUUAGCAGCAGAAGGGGAUGCUGUGGUCUUCAACACUACCCAAGAGAUCCAGAUGAAUAAAUUGAACCCGCCACCCCCUUACCCAGGGACUAUCCCAGCUGCUCCCACCACCGCAGCCCCUCCUCCCCCUCUGCCUCCACCUCAGCCUCCUGUGGAUGUUUGUUUGAAAAAGGGAGAUUUCUCUCUUUUCCCCUCUUCAGGACAUUACCAGACCCCUCUUGGCUAUGAGAGGAUCACCACCUUUGACAGCAGUGGUAAUGUGGAAGAAGUGUGUCGGCCUCGGACUAGGAUGCUGUGUGCCCAGAACACUUAUACCCUUCCUGGUCCUGGAAGCUCAGCCACCUUGAGGAUCACGGCCACUCAAAAGAAGGCCCCACAGCCCUGUUCCAGUGCGACCCUCAACCGGUUAACUGUUCCCCGCUACUCCAUCCCAUCUGGGGACCCGCCCCCUUAUCCAGAAAUUGCUAACCAGCUGGCACAGGGGCGAGGAGCUGCCCAGAGAUUAGACAGCACCCUUAUCCAUGCAACUCUGCGCAGAAACAACCGAGAGGUGGCUCAGAAAAUGGCUCAACUGGCAGACAGUCAGCGGGCUACCCUGCAGCACCCACCAAAACCCAAGAGUAGUGUGGUGACCGCCCAGUACCAGCCAAGGCCACCCGCUGCUCUGUACACCUGUAGCCAGUGCAGUGGUAGUGGGGCAAACAGUGGUGGAGGAAGUGUGGGUGGCGCCAGUGCCAACAGCGGCACCUCCGGCCUCAGUGGCAGUGUGCGGCCUGAUCUGAGCUCUGUGGGCAGCUCCCAGCAUAGCUCGGUCAUUGCACACUCAGUCAGCACUUCACCCUUGACCUCCCAGUCUUCAUACAAUUUGUUGAGCCCACCUGACAACUCUCGUGAUCGGACAGACUAUGUCAACUCUGCCUUCACAGAGGAUGAGGCCCUAUCUCAGCACUGUCAAGUAGAAAAGUCUGUAAGGCAUUCAGCACUAGCUGAGGCAACCCUGGGAGUGAAACGACCACCCCCUUAUCAGUGGGACCCUAUGUUGGGAGAGGAUAUUUGGGUUCCUCAGGAAAGGACAGCACAGAGUUCAGUGCCCAACCCCCUGAAACCUCCGCCUCUGAUGAUUGGCCAGGCUCAGCACCUGGAUGUGUCCCGAGUGCCCUUUGUUUCCCCCAAGUCUCCAACCAGCCCUACUGCCACUUUCCAGACAGGCUAUGGGAUGGGAGUACCUUUUCCAGGAAGCUAUAAUAAUCCCCCUUUGCAGGGAAUGCAGGCUCCCUGCUCCCCUAAAGAAGCCCUGUCCCCCACACAAUUUGCACAACAGGAGCCCACUGUAGUACUUCAGCCAGGGUACUCAUCCAACCUUUCCUAUUGCCCCUUGCCACCCAUGUACCCAGGAAGCAGCACAUGUUCUAGUUUACAGCUGCCACCCAUUGCCUUGCAUCCUUGGAAUUCUUACAGUGCGUGCCCACCUGUGCAGAACUCCCAAGGCACUCUUCCUCCCAAAUCACACUUGGUUGUGGAAAAGCCCAUUGUAUCCCCACCUCCAGCUGAGCACCAAGGCCACCUGGGUACAGAAGUGAUGGUGGAGACUGCAGACAAUUUCCAGGAAGUCCUUUCCUUGACAGAAAGUCCUAUCCCACAGCGGACAGAUAAAUUUGGGAAGAAGAAUCGUAAGCACCUGGACAGCCGUGCUGAAGAGGGGAAUGUCCAGGCCAUCACAGAGGGCAAGGGGAAAAAGGAGGCCAGGACUCUGAGUGAUUUCAACUCCCUCAUCUCCAGCCCCCGACUUGGGAGAGAAAAAAAGAAAGUGAAGAGCCAGAAGGAUCAGUUGAAGUCCAAGAAGCUCAAUAAGACAAAUGAAUUUCAGGACAGCUCGGAGAGUGAGCCAGAACUGUUUAUCAGUGGGGAUGAGCUGAUGAACCAGAGCCAAGGUAGCAAAAAGGGGUGGAAAACCAAAAGGAGUUUGAGGACAGCCAGUGAGCUGGAAGAAUUCAAGUGCCGGAAAGCUACUGAAAAGGAGGAUGGGAGGUUGGGGAGUCAGGGGUUUGUGUAUGUGAUGGCUAACAAGCAGCCUUUGUGGAAUGAGGCAACACAGGUGUACCAACUGGACUUCGGAGGGCGGGUGACUCAAGAAUCAGCAAAAAACUUCCAGAUUGAGUUGGAAGGGAGACAGGUAAUGCAGUUUGGAAGAAUUGAUGGCAAUGCUUACAUUUUGGACUUUCAAUACCCCUUUUCUGCUGUCCAGGCAUUUGCAGUUGCUCUGGCUAAUGUGACUCAGCGCCUCAAAUGAGAAAAAAAAAAAAAAUGACUCAAAGGAAAAAGAAACACAAACCUUUUCAAAGAAGUCCAAUCCAGAAAAUGCUGACAGACCCAAUGUUGGGUAUAACAGAGGUGCCUGCAUGGACCAGAAGACAACAGCAAACUGGAAAAGUCUAUCAGGCCCCCUAGAGAGGCCACUGAACUGUAAUUGUUAUUGUUUAUUUGGGUUUUAGUAUCCUUUUUAUUUUAAGAACAAAAGCAAAAUAUAGUGCUGGUGUUUGAGAGCAAAGGGCUGGAACCAUUCAGUGUUAUUUUGGAGAGUGUAGCUUUGGCUUGUGGAAAUGGUUCUAUUGUGUUUGCUGAUGUAAAGCUAGUGGGGAAGGGGGAGGGCUGGGAUAUGGGGUGGGAUGGGAGAACAGGACAAUUAUCCUUUUUGGAUGGACUGCCUUGUAUCAUGUUAUUCUUUUAAAAACAAGGAACAUACAUGUAAUUUUUCAUUCCCUCAUUACAUCUAACUUUUAUUACUACCCCCAACAUUGACAAUGGUGUAAAAAGAAAAGCCAAAAAAAGAAAAUUCAAACUCUCACAGAAAAUACUUGAAAAUUCAGAUUCUAUUCAUUGACACCUGAGUAAUGCAGGCACCUUUUUUGAGAUGGAUGGAACAAACUGUGAUUUCUAAAUUCUAGGUUGUUACUGCCAAGAGAGUACUUGAUUACUAACAGACAUUUUGGUAAUAAUUCUAUGUGAGAGAAAUCUGCUUCUGAAAGUGUUCUGAGAUAAAUAUAAUUUGCUCUGUGAUGAAAUAUGAAGAGGAAAUGGACUGCAGUUUUCUAAUGUUGUUAACAGUAUUGUUUGUACAUGUAAGUGAGAGGCCUGUUGAGUCUUGGUGUAGAUGAAGUGGAAGGGCUGUACUGCUCUUUGAGUGAUAAUAUGUUUAAGGUGAGUGAUUUUAGGAGUUGCAUAAUAUGGAAGUUUCUUUCCUAAAAGCAAUGGCAAUUGUUUGUCAUAAUUGACUGAAAGGAGGUGAAGAGGCUGAACUUAAGAGAUCUAGUUAUCCCCUCGCCCCGAUUAAUAUGUUAUGCUGGGAAUACUUUUGAAUAGGAGGGUUGGAUUAGAUGACUCCUGAGAUCCCUCCCAACUCUGUCAUUCUGGGAUUCUGUAGUUAGAAGAGAGUGAUUGAUUGUUCUCUAUAGUAAGUAGUUGUAACUCCUGUGAGAACCAACAACAGUCUCCUGGAAGGUAGGGCAGGGUUAUGGAGACGAUGUUACUGUAUGAUUUGUAUUUAUUUCCUCAUCCUCCAGAUUUGUCUCUUCACUGCUCUCUUUUAAAGAGAAAAAUGUUCCUAAAUAUUUUUUUCUUUGAGAGUAUGCUUUACUAUUCUCUGCUACAUAUAAAUUUUUUAAUCCUUGAAGUGAUUUUCCAUUAGAAUGGAAAUUGUUAACUCAUGUAUUUAUAAGGGCAUAUUAAGCAGGGUAGUAAAAGAUAUUAAUUUCACCAAGUUUUGAAAGUUGUCCUGUUGUUCCCCGUGAAUAAAGUUACUUAUUUAAUAGUAUAGAGUAUUUUGCAGAGGAAUAAAGCCUUUACAAAAAUCAACAACACUUUGAGAGCCUUAGGAAUUGCUAUCAACAACUUGCUUAAACUUUUUUCAAUGGAUUUCUAUUCCACUAGUUUGCUGCUAUUAAGAAAGCUUUUACACCCACCCCGGGUUUCUUUGUACAUUCACUUGAAUGAAAGCUUCUAAAAUGAAAGAAGGAUAGAAUGAUGACUAUGUGAAGUACAAAACAGAUCCAUCACUAAUGCUUCUUUUAAAUAUGAUUUUGAAUAUCUAGGCAUUCCUUUUGUACCACUGGUAUAAAUGUCAUUUUUGGUCUUCCUCCUUUAACUCAAAAUCAACAUGGCUCUCCAUAGCAGAGUGCUUCUUUUUUUUUUUUUUUUAAUCACUUUCAUUCUGUACCUCUUUCUACCACCAAGUGGAAGAACGAUUUCUUGGGCAAUGUUUGGGCCCUGAAAUCAAGAUCUUAAUUGAUUUUUUCUGAAUACACAAGUUUGAUAUUGCUAAACAGUGUUCCUGAGAACAUACAAAAUUUUACUUUUAACUUGUCUACUUGUUGAGGGUCUUGUAUUUUGGGUUUUGUUUGAAGACAGACAAGUGGAAAAUGUUAUUUUAAAAAAAAUUAAAUAAAUUCAAGACUUAAGCGUUUAUUAUUAAAUUCCUGUUUGGUUUUAUGAACACAAUAAAACAGCAUUUAGGCAUAAAAAUUAGAACCAAAAACUGACUUAUCCAUUGCUCAGAGCAAGAGAUUGUCAAUAGCCAUUCUCUUCAGGCCCUUAAAAAACAUUGAUAUGAUUUUAAGACAUUAUGAAAGUUACUGUUUGCCAGCCAAAACUGAGAUAACAUUUUAUAUUUAAACGUUAAAAACCAGUUUUUUGGUAGAUAAGUUCUUCUAGGAAGAAUUUAGCAAUGUGUCCAGAAUUAUCUAAUUCUUUUAUACAUUAGUUUUCUGUAGCCUGAUGAUGGCUUUUCAAUGCUUAUUUUUAGUUGUGCAAUAAUUGUUACAGCCUAGUUUUUUAAAUAAUUUAAAUGCAAAUUCUUAUUGUCCUAGAGACAAAUUAUUUAUCUUGCUUAAUGGAAUAAAUGUUUUUAGGGAUUAUUUUAUUACUAUGUACUAGUGAGUUAUACCCACUUUCUUAUUUAUAUAAAAAGAGCAUCCUUGUAACUAAUUAUUUGAUAGCAGUACAUUUUGCUGCAAGAAUUGCAGAAUAUGUAUAGAAAGAUUUUGUUUUUGCUGGACAAUUUGCAACUUUUUAUAAUUUAAGGAAAGAAAUGUUAUUAAUUAGGCAGUUAAAAAACAACAACAAUAUCUUUGAAUAAGAUCCAUUAAUACUAUGGUCACCAUGUGAUGAUGUAAUUUACCUAGAUGUUUUCCUUUUGUGCUGAAUUUUCUUUUUAAAUAAAAAUAGAAUUUUAUGAGUGGGUAAAAAUGAGGGAAUGGGAAUAUCAGUAGGAAGAGAAUUUUAAGUAAUUUGCUUCAGAUUUUUAAAAGCUCUGUUCAAUUUUUGAAAUAUGACAUAAAAAGAUAAUAUGUGGAUUAUGUAAUAAAAGCCUUUCUAAAUAAAGGUCAGUACACAAGAGAA